AUGAAGGUUAAGUGUAAUCAUUAUGUUGCUGUCUUGGCCAAGGAAGAGGAGUUAAGAGCGACUGAGUCGCUCCGAUUUCUGCAGUCACGGUUCUAUGGGAGCAUCCACAAGGGCCAUAUGGUGGUUAGUCGCCGCCAGCACGGAGCAAGACUUUUCACCGUCCUGCAAAACUACUGUUGCGUAGCGGAGGACAUUCAACAGCCUGUUCACCACUGUUGCGUUCUUGCUAGAGAACACAAAGAGGUCUCUUCGGACGACGAGCUUGUCAGAUGGGGCGAGAGUUUGCUGUCCCCUGAAGACCAAGACACAUUCGAAGGUCUCAUCGAGCUCUUCACCAAGGAUUACUCCGCCCCGUGCCGCUCAGGUGGCCCCCCAACUCCGAGGCGACCCCAAAUCAUGUAUAAGAUCUAUUGCGAGGAAAACUUGGGCUUUAUCCGAGAGAAUACCAACGCGGUGGUGCCGCUGCCACUGCUCGCCACGGCAGAGUUCAAAACAAUCAUACAGGUUUCAAGGAAAUCUAUGAGCUCGGCUCUCGUUGCUGAUGUCCCUUCUACCGUUACGGCUGCCCUCAACCGAAUCGAAGAGAACACUCGAGGCCCCGAGCUGCGCAUUCCUACCGACUUUGCUGUUGGACCCUUUGGGGUUUUCAAAAGCGUGCCAUCAUGCAACCAAAGCUCUUUUGGUGAUGAUACUUUGAUGCUAUCCCCUCCACCUACAACGUGUAGGUCAGGCUCCAUUGAGGUGGCUUCGUAUAGCUCGCCUCUUUCAAUAAUUUCUUCCUCUAUACCGCAGUGCCAAAAUCGCAUACAAGCCCAACGUGAAGGGACCGGCCUUGACUCAACAAGCUACCAGCAGCCUAUCGAAAACGAUGUUAUCAUUCCAGAUGCUCUUGGUGAUUUCUUUUCAAACUCUCUCGAUUUCUUACAAUGGGGGGAUCUGUUUACUUGGGAUUCCGAGCUGCUGGGCAUCCCUCUACUGGCCAACAAUCUGAACUGCAUCGAUGCCCCAACCGAGCCGUCAGGUUGUGCAGCGGAUUGUGAUACAACUUGGACAGACAUGGCGCAAGAUAGUCUCCUAGUUCAUUCUAGCACCGGUGAUGUGGCAUGGCCCGAACUAAAUCUUGAAGUGGAUGCGCCAUUGCUGCUAAAACACUUCAACGAGGAAGUCAUCAAUCAGAUGGGAUCAUUGCCUAUUAACGAGAAAUCAGGUUGGAGGAUUCUUAAUGUUCCGCAUGCAAUCCUCACUCUGAUCGAUUUGACAAUGUUCAAAGUGGGAAAAGAAAAGAUCAGGCAUGCCAGCCUGGCAAACUUUUACGCGCUCAUCGCUGUGUCAGCAUUCCACCUGUCACUUAACGCGGCGAGCUUCCCGUCUUUGUCAAAACCUGGAAGGAACUGGGAGGCUCUUUCAAAGAAAACAUAUGAUGCCGCUAAAUACCACCUGAAGAUUAGCCUCGAGACCGAGUCCACCUUGGAGUCUUCUAACAAGGCCAAAUACAAGGAGCAACUCAUGGCCGUUGGCGCUGUGUUAGCUACUUCUUUACUAUCUGGAAACGAGUUGGACUCACACAGGUAUCUGGUGGCAAUGGAGCGAUUGAUUCGUCGACGAGGGCUGAAGAAGCCAAAACUCUCUCGCCGGGCCCGGUUAUUUCAUAACAUCUAUGCGUGGAUGCGCAUUGUUUCCGAGAGCACAAAUGUGCUGCACGAGAACAGCCCAUUUGCCAUGAGGCCCUUUAAACUGGUCAGAACCGGACUAACCACGCCUGAGGACAAUGACUCUGGGACAAUUCGAUCAAAACAGGCAACGCCACUCAAUAUCCAGAAUACCAACACAGACAGCACACUAGACAGCUUCCUUCACUUGGAAUCGCCAUACCUACAACCUUAUCGCCAUGACCGAGAUCAAGACCACGAUGACACCCGCGACAUUCAUCUAAUGAGCUCGCUCAACUGCCAAGAAGACAUGCAUAUGCGCAUUUAUGGCGUUCCUGAAACCUGGCUCAGGUUGGUAUCGCAAACCACCAGGCUUGCAAACGUCAUGGAUCACCUAGCGACAGGGCAAGACCAAUCAGAUGGCGAUAAUACAGCCUUUCUUCAAUCAAAGGCAUCGUACUUGGAAGAGGCCGUCUGCUCUUUCAAGAUGCGCUAUUUGUCAAAUACCGGAGCCGAAACCAACCAGAGCCGCCCACAUGUACACAUGACAAGAGCACUCAGCGCAGCACUUGUGAUUUUCUUCUAUAGACGGAUUAGGAAGAUCCACACCCUAAUGCUUCAGGAAAGUGUAAAACAGGUCAUUGAGUCACUCCAUGCAUUUGACAAGGCAUUGGAAGAAAAUGAACUUCUUGGCCCUGGGACAGCGUGGCCUGCUUUCGUUGCUGGAGCAGAGGCCACAGAGAGCGAACAGCGUAGGCAGUUCGAGGACUGGUUGGUAAAGGCACAUUCUAAGUCGGGAUGGAAAGGUUACUUGGUCUCCAAAGAAAUCUUAAAUGAGGUCUGGAUGCAACGCGAUGCUGCUGGUGGAACAGCAACUUCACCAACGUGGGUUGACGUUUGCAAGCAAAUGCGGCGCUGGCCACUCCUAUGCUAA